AUUUGAUCAGUUCCACUUCCUUGGUUAUUUGUAAAUAUGCAGUAAACUCAAAUGCACUCAUCAGUUUUUAAUCAGUUAAGUUCAAAUCGUCAGAUAAUGUGGAAGUUCCUCAUACAUCUAGGUGCAAUCCUUUUCAGCACAGCUCACUCAGCUAAUGAAGUGAAAUUCGAAUGUAAAACUGACAGCAGAUUCCUUGAGGAAAACUACUGUUGGCUAACAGAUCUGUCGACCGCAGAUGAUCAAGUCAUUGUGACUGAAUCAAGCUUUAAUCUUCAAGAACAGCUGAAGUUCCAAAAGCCAAUCAACAUUAUUUUACUCGGCAAUGAAAGCUACCCGGAAUACUUUCCAAAAAACUUCACAAGAUUCUUGACUGGCGUCAGUGGCUUCAUAUACGAUGACACUUCAUUAAAGUACAUCCAACGAGAUGACUUUACAGGCUUAGCAUCACCAAAUCCUUUAAUUCUUCAUUUGAGAAGCAACGAAAUUGAAGAAAUUCCAUUCGACACAUUUUAUGACUUGACAAAUUUGCUUUAUUUGGACAUCAGCAGCAAUAAAAUUAAAAGUUUGGCAUCAAAUUUACUCAUUAAUUCUAUUGGACUUCAUUCAUUAAGCAUCAGUGGCAAUGAUUUGACGGAACUGCAUCAAGACUUGCUCAUAAAUUGCCCACAACUCUAUGACUUGACUGCUGAGUUCAACCAAAUUCAGGAACUGCAUGAAGAUUUAUUCAGGAAUAAUCAAAACAUGAAGUCAAUCUCGAUGAUGUACAAUAAAAUAAGGAACAUUAAGGUUGACUUUAGGAAGUUGAAGUCUUUGCAUUUUGCUGAUUUUAGAAACAAUUUUGGGACAUGUGACGUCAUUUUUUCUACUUUGACACCAGACGAUAAGGAUUUUGAUGAAGUUGACCAGAGGAAGGCAAUGAAGAAUGUGCCAAAGUUCCAGAAGAAGAUUGAGAAGGUUUGCAGGGAAUAGAACUUUAUUAUAGUAAUAACCCGAAUAGCACAUGUUGGUUAAUAAAAUAGAAAUCCUUCAUCAAGCUGGCGUGACUCUCGUAUGGUACUGGAUUCGAUUUGAGUCUAGCAUCAUUCCAGAGUCACGCUUGUUUGGUUCCGGAUUUCGAUUUGACUAACCGUUUUGUGUUAUUCGGGUUAGGAAUUGACAAAGUUUAACUCCGCUCUGCCACUUCUGAGUCGUUAGCGUUGUUUUUUGUGAUUUAUAUUCAUGCUUAAUUAGCCUUAUGACCCAAGAAAUAAAGUAAAUAAAAUAAAGAAAACAAAGUUUGAAAGCUUAUCUCAGCUAUAUUUUUUUGCAUCAUCUGC